AUGAGUAGCAUGGACUCCAACGAUAUCUAUUUCUAUCAACCUCCCAGUCAAGCUAUUUUUCCUUCUGAUACCAGUGCUCUCGACUAUAACAACGACUCAACAGGCCAUUGGAUACCGCUUAUUAUGGAUACGUUAAAAACAGUGAAAAUCGAUUCAAACACCUUCUACAUCUCCAGUUUUUCCAACCAACUAUGA